UUCCUCGCCAGAGUCACCUGACUUCCGGCUUCAUCAGCGGAGAUAAAAUCGGGGCUUGCAAAGGAGGGAGGGAAGGGGUCUGCUUCGUCCUAAUUAAGCCUCCUAAUUAAGCGGGGUGCCUCCCAGGCGGGGGCUCCUAUUCCUGCCCCCGCUGCCCAGGGUCGCUGCAGCUGCUGCCGCGUCAGGAUUUUGGGGGAGGAAGAUGAUGGUCAGAAUUCUACGUAGAGGUCUGUGAAAUCAGUGGGAAGAGCAGAGAAGCCAUUUAAAUGCAGGGAAUGUGGAAUGUGCUUUAGUCACUGUGGAAGAAUGAGGAUACACCGACGAAUAAACACGGGGGAGAAACCGUUUGAAUGCAUGGAGUGCGGAAAGAGCUUCACUCAAAGUGGUAAACUUAGAAUACAUCAACGAACUCACACGGGGGAGAAACCAUUUAAAUGUAUUGAAUGUGGAAAGAGCUUCAGUCAAAACGGAGACCUUAGAAUACAUCAACGAACUCACACAGGGGAGAAACCAUUUAAAUGUAUUGAAUGUGGAAAGAGUUUCAGUCGUAGUGGAGACCUUAGAAUACAUCAACAAACUCACACGGGAGAGAAACGGUUUAAAUGUAUUGAAUGUGGAAAGAGCUGCAGUCGUAGUGGUCACCUUAGAAUACAUCAACGAACUCACACAGGGGAGAAACCAUUUAAAUGCAUUGAAUGUGGAAAGAGCUUCAGUCAAAGUGGGACACUUAGAAUACAUCAACAAAUUCACAUAGGGGAGAAACUAUUUAAAUGUAUUGAAUGUGGAAAGAGCUUUAGUCAUAGUGGAGCCCUUAGAAUACAUCAACGUACUCACACGGGGGAGAAACCGUUUCAAUGUAUUGAAUGUGGAAAGAGCUUCAGUCAAAGUGGAAAACUUAGAAUACAUCAACAAACUCACACGGGGCAUAAACCAUUUAAAUGUGUUGAAUGUGGAAAGAGCUUCAGUCAAAGUGGAAACCUUAGAACACACCAACUAACUCACACAGGGGAGAAACCAUUUAAAUGCAUUGAAUGUGGAAAAAGCUUCAGUCAAAGUGGAGCCCUUAGAAUACAUCAACGUACUCACACGGAGAAACCAUUUAAUUGUAUGGAGUGUGGAAAGAGCUUUAGUCAAAGUGGAGGCCUUAGGAAACAUCAGCUAACUCACACAGGGGGGAAACCACAGAUGUAGGGAAUGUGGAAAGAGCUUAAGACGGAGUGGAGACCUUAAUAUUCCUAAGCAAAUUCACAAAGGUUAAAAACCAUAUAAAUGUAUGCAACGUUGCACUCAAUGUUCACUAUUUAAUUUACGUCAAGAAACUCAUAAAGGCAGAAAUCAAUUUUAAAUACAUGGAACCUGUGUGAUGUUUUGGUGUUUGUAUUUAAAUUUGUAUACACAUAUAUAUGUAUUUAAGUCAUGAAGGUCACAUA